AUGCCGACAUCUACAAUUACACAGCAAGAGCAGUCGGUUCGCCUGAUCAACGAAGAUCAAUUACCUCCACUACCACCAGCGGCAAACGACGCAUCGUUCCAAGGUCUGGCUCGUGGAGGCCGAAAUGGCACUCUGAAACUCCGUGGUAUUCCCACAUUCUCAAACCUGACUGAGAAACGCAAGUGGAUGAAGGAGCAUAUGGCUGCUGCAUUCCGGUACUUUGGCAAACUAGGAUAUGGAGAAGGUGUUUCCGGGCACAUUUCGAUGCGAGACCCGAUCCUCAAAGAUCAUUUCUGGAUGAACCCGUUUGCCAAACAUUUCUCGACCAUCAAGGCUUCGGAUCUCGUUCUUCUAGAUGCCGAUGGAUUCGUAGUCGACGGUGGAGCUCAGUUGCCUGUAAAUGAAGCUGGAUUUUUGAUUCAUUCAGAGAUUCACAAAGCACGUCCAGAUGUUGUGGCUGCGGCGCACACUCACGGUAUUCAUGGAAAGACGUGGAGUUCAUUUGGAAAGCCAAUCGAGAUGCUUACACAAGACGCAUGCAACUUCUUCGGCAGAGUGGGUGUUUACGAAGACCAUGGCGGCAUUGUUCUGUCGGCAGAGGAAGGAAAGGCGAUUGCUAGGGCAUUAGGAAAGGAAAACAUUGCAUGUAUCUUGCAAAACCAUGGCCUCCUGACCGUCGGCCGGACUGUUGAUGAAGCAGCGAUCCUCUACUCCAUGCUAGAGAAAGCUUGCCAGUCACAGCUUCUUGCUGAAGCAGCCGCAGCCAAUGGCCUUCCAAAGAAGAUCAUCAAGGAUGAUGCGGCCAAAUUCACCGCUGAAGCUGCCCAGAAUCCUCACAAUUUCUAUACGGAGUUCCAGCCUGAAUUUGAUCUGCUCGUUGAAGAGACCAACGGAAGGUUCCUUCUGUAA